GGUCAUGAGGGGGACGCUGGUCAUCAUAUUUCAGGCUCUGCUGUGGCCUGUCUCAGCAUCAGCCCUGUUUACAGUCGGUUUACAGGAGAGCAGUUAUGAAGCAGAGCUACAUGAGGACGUCAGACUAGUGUGUUUGUUCUCCACGGUUAAAAGUCUUUCCGACCUCACUGUCAUAUGGAGCCGAGUCGAGCCGAAGCCGGCCGUGGAUGUGUAUCGGCUGGAGAGAGGCAGAGAGAAUCACAUUUACACCAGUGCCGCGUUCAUAAAGCGCGCACAGCUCAUCCACGAACAGCUGAAUGAAAACCGAGCGGUGCUGCACUUGAAAAAGCUCCAGAUUAAAGAUUCAGGCACAUACCGGUGUAUCGUGAAAGAGGGAGAUGAUGGAGACUACAAGCAAGUCACGCUCAGUGUUACAGGUGCGUUUGACUUACAAAACACACAGCUUGACAAACCAGUUCAUAAAGGUGAUAGCUGCCUAUAUUUGUAA